UUUCCCUACACCGCAGCAGUAGCAGAGACUGAGUACGGUGCGCGAGCGCGGCCAAGCGACCGAGGGGCACUCGGGGCUUCGGAGCCUUUUCGCAGGAGAAGGGGGCUCCAGUCAGCUCAAAAAUUAAUUUGUGGGAAAUAAAACAACGCGUAUUUGUGUCUGUGGCUUUACAUUACUCGGAGCACGACAUCGAUCGAUCCGGGCCAACGGAAUAAUGGUCUUCUGGUGCAGUGACCUCCUGGUCACUGUGUGAAGGGAGCCGCUGAAGCCCCCACGGGAACCCUAAGGAGAGGGGACUCUGACAUUCUUUUGGUCCUGUGCCAUCAUACCUGCCACGCCUCAUGGAGUAGCAGCUCCUUGACCAUUUUCAUCACAUACGAAGAUCAGGGAAAACAGUGCCGGGGUCAGUUUUCUCAAAAAGUGGAUCCGGCAACCGAGAGAACAUGUCAUCCAACAGGAACCAGAACCCCCAUGGGCUGAAGCAGAUCGGGCUGGACCAGAUCUGGGAUGAUCUUCGGGCAGGGAUACAGCAGGUGUACACCAGACAGAGUAUGGCCAAGUCUCGCUACAUGGAGCUCUACACACAUGUUUAUAAUUACUGCACAAGUGUACAUCAGUCGAACCAGGCCCGAGGGGCAGGCGUCCCUGCUUCAAAGCCUUCCAAGAAGACCCCCAGCCCCGGUGGGGCACAGUUUGUGGGGCUGGAGCUCUACAAGAGACUGAAGGAAUUCCUGAAGAACUACCUGACAAACCUGCUCAAGGAUGGCGAGGACCUGAUGGAUGAGAGUGUGCUGAAGUUUUACACGCAGCAAUGGGAGGACUACAGGUUCUCCAGCAAAGUCCUCAAUGGCAUCUGUGCCUACCUCAACCGCCACUGGGUUCGUCGUGAGUGCGAUGAGGGUCGCAAGGGCAUCUAUGAAAUCUACUCGCUUGCCUUGGUAACGUGGAGAGAGUUCUUAUUUAGACCCGUGAAUAAACAAGUAACAAACGCAGUGCUGAAGCUGAUUGAGAAGGAGCGAAACGGGGAAACCAUAAACACGCGGCUGAUCAGUGGUGUGGUCCAGUCCUACGUUGAACUGGGUCUGAACGAAGAUGAUGCUUUUGCUAAGGGACCCACGCUGUCUGUAUACAAGGAGAACUUUGAGACCCAGUUCUUGGCAGACACGGAACGCUUCUACACCAGGGAGAGUACGGAGUUCCUGCAACAAAACCCCGUGACAGAGUACAUGAAGAAGGCAGAGGCACGGCUUCUGGAGGAGCAGCGUCGGGUGCAGGUGUACCUCCACGAGAGCACGCACGAUGAGCUUGCGCGCAAGUGUGAACAGGUGCUCAUCGAGAAGCAUUUGGAGAUCUUUCACAUGGAGUUCCAGAACCUGCUGGAUGCUGACAAAAAUGAGGACCUGGGUCGCAUGUACAACCUGGUUUCCAGGAUCACCGAUGGCUUGGGGGAGCUGAAGAAGCUGCUGGAAUCACACAUUCACAACCAGGGUUUGGCUGCUAUAGAGAAGUGUGGAGAAGCUGCUCUCAAUGAUCCGAAAAUGUAUGUGCAGACAAUCUUAGAUGUUCACAAGAAGUACAAUGCACUAGUAAUGUCCGCGUUCAACAACGAUGCUGGCUUUGUCGCUGCGCUGGACAAGGCUUGCGGGCGCUUCAUCAACAACAAUGCUGUGACCAAGAUGGCUCAGUCGUCUAGCAAGUCGCCUGAAUUGUUGGCCAGAUAUUGUGAUUCGCUGCUGAAGAAGAGCUCUAAAAAUCCAGAGGAGGCUGAGCUGGAGGAUACCCUGAACCAAGUGAUGGUGGUCUUCAAGUACAUUGAAGACAAAGAUGUGUUUCAGAAGUUCUAUGCCAAGAUGCUGGCCAAGAGGCUGGUGCACCAGAAUAGCGCUAGUGACGACGCCGAGGCCAGCAUGAUCUCCAAGCUGAAGCAAGCGUGUGGCUUCGAGUACACGUCUAAGCUGCAGCGCAUGUUUCAAGACAUCGGCGUCAGUAAGGACCUGAACGAACAAUUCAGGAAGCACCUCUCCAACUCUGAGCCACUGGACCUGGACUUCAGUAUACAGGUACUCAGUUCGGGCUCCUGGCCAUUCCAGCAGUCCUGCACAUUCGCUUUACCAUCCGAGCUUGAGAGGAGCUACCAAAGAUUCACCGCCUUCUAUGCCAGCAGACACAGCGGCCGCAAGCUCACCUGGCUGUACCACCUGUCCAAAGGGGAGCUGGUUACCAACUGCUUCAAGAACAGAUAUACCCUGCAGGCAUCCACGUUCCAGAUGGCCAUUCUACUGCAGUACAACACAGAGGACACGUACACUGUGCAGCAGCUCAUCGACAGCACACAGAUCAAAACGGACAUAUUAGUGCAAGUUUUGCAAAUCUUGCUAAAGUCCAAAUUACUGGUCCUGGAAGAUGAGAAUGCCAAUGUGGAUGAAGUAGACUUCAAGCCAGAAACUUUAAUAAAACUUUUCUUAGGUUAUAAGAAUAAGAAGUUGCGGGUCAACAUUAAUGUGCCAAUGAAAACAGAGCAGAAGCAGGAACAGGAAACCACUCACAAGAACAUCGAGGAAGACAGAAAGCUGCUUAUACAGGCUGCCAUUGUCAGAAUCAUGAAGAUGAGGAAGGUGCUGAAACACCAGCAGCUACUUGCAGAAGUACUGAACCAGCUGUCAUCCAGGUUUAAACCGCGGGUCCCUGUCAUCAAGAAAUGCAUCGACAUCUUGAUAGAGAAGGAAUAUCUGGAGCGUGUCGACGGGGAGAAGGACACCUACAGCUACUUAGCAUAAUUUUUUCCCCACCCCCUUCUAAGUGUCUCUUAAGUGAAACGUCAUUACUUUUGCCAUUUGGAGAAUGGGGUAAGGAGUGCAGCACAGAAGAGGAACAAAUGAGCAAAGUAGAGUCUGUAUGGCAGCUGGUGAAGUGGGAGUGAAGCUGGGCUUCCCCCCUCGAGUGGAGACCUGGAGAGCUUGUUGGCCUCAUACCCUGACGUUACUCACAAACUGCUCAGGAUCAACAUGACACCUUUUCAUAUGUAAAUAUGGACAGCAGUACUUCACCUUUACAUUAAGAUAGAUUCUAUACCCUCUGUGGGGAGGGGCUCGCAUGCUACUGCAUAUCUGCUUUUAAGUUAAAGUAUAAAUAAAAUUAUCAGCUUUUGAGAACUGCUGCUUACAGUGGCGGUUGUCGUUUAAGAGAAUUUCUGAAUGCAAUUCCGGCAGGACUUUCAGAGAGCAAAGGUGAGUCUGUGCCCUCUGUACUGUCUAAUGUGCGUUGUUCCUACAGCGAGAGACAUUUGUAUAGUGCGUUUCAUUUUCUAAAUGUGUGAAAUAAAAAUUGUUUCUCUAUGCCGUUCAUGUCAGAG